AUUAGCGUAUUCACUUUUAAAGCUAGUGUAAGGAAACAGCAGUGGAGAGAGAGAGAGAAAAAGAGAGAAGACCCUGAGAAAUGAUUCAAAUUUCUUAACCCUAAUAAUCUUCUCUCUAUAAAAUCUCUGCAUAAGUUUUCGAAAGAUCAUUUCAGAAUCAGUCACUCCUCACAAAGUCAAGAUGCAUAAGUUGAAUAGAAUGCACAAGGAGAAAGUUCAACAGUUUAUUGCAAUAACUGGAGCGAGUGAAAAAGUUGCACUUCAGACUUUGAAAAAUAGUGAGUGGCAUCUAGAAGGCGCUUUUGAUAUAUUCUACAGCCAACCACAAAUUAGAACAGCUACUGAUUCUAGAAAUCUCGAGGAGCUUUAUAAUAGAUAUAAAGAUCCUUACGCGGAUAUGAUCAUGGCUGAUGGUAUCUCUCUUCUUUGCAAUGACCUUCAGGUGGAUCCUGCAGAUAUCGUUAUGUUGGUUGUGUCCUGGCAUAUGAAGGCUGCCACAAUGUGUGAAUUUUCGAAGCAGGAAUUUGUAAGCGGGUUACAAUCACUGGGGGUGGACUCGAUGGACAAGUUUCGGGAAAGGAUACAGUUCAUGCGCAAUGAACUGAAAGAUGAACAAAAGUUCCGUGAGAUAUACAACUUCGCUUUCGGCUGGGCCAAAGAAAAGGGCCAAAAGUCUUUGGCACUAGAUACAGCUAUAGGGAUGUGGCAAUUACUAUUUGCUGAAAAACAGUGGCCUCUGGUUGAUCACUGGUGCCAAUUCUUGCAGGCUCGUCACAACAAGGCAAUAUCAAGAGAUACAUGGUCUCAACUGUUGGAAUUUGCCAGGAACGUUGACCCUACUCUGGCAAACUAUGACGCAGAGGGUGCCUGGCCCUACUUGAUCGAUGAAUUUGUAGAGUACUUGGUGGAGAACGCAGUCAUUCAAAAAACCAGUUGAAAUAUUGGAGAGAAAGGAUGUUGCAGAUAAUUAGAAGCCCGGUUUUGAGCACUAGUCAUUCACUACGUACAGCGUGAUUGAGUUUCUGCUUCUACCUAUUCAACAUUAUUGGGAUUAAAAACUUUGUAAUCAUCAAAAGAAGGGGGGGAGAGAAAAAGACAAACAUGAAAAUCUCAUAACCCAGUUCUUAUGCCAGUAGAUGGUCUUUAUUCACUCCCAACUGCUUCAAUCCGAUGAUUGACAGAUAAUGAGAUUGUACUGGUUUGAACUUUUGAGAUUAUUUUUAUAGAAAACUGUGAGCUCUCUCCCAAAUAUUACAAAUUUUAGUUGAUUAUGUAUGUAUAAGUACUAGGUAUAAGUA